CCCCGUUACGUUAUACUCCUUUUCAAUUCAUUCAUUCAAAUCCACAACAACAACAACACUCAUAAACACCUAUUUCUACAGACUCUCUCUCUCAGUUCUCGAUUCAACAAAUCCCCCAAAUUUUUUUUUUGUUUCUCUGAGAAAUCAAAGAAAAAAAACCCUUGCUUCAAACAACAACAAGAAGACUACGAAAACGAAAACGACGCCGUUGUUGGAUAUGAUAGUGAGCCAAAAGAUGGUGGCGGACGCCGAUAUGAAUUACCAGCCACCGACCCAGAAGAUGGUGCUGGACGUGAAUUACCACCAUCUAUGCGUUGCUUCUUCUGCUGACGUGGCGCAACCCUCCUCUUCUUCUUCUUCUUCGUCUCCGAGCUUUCGCGAUGUACAUCGCGUUUCGGAUUCUAUGUCGGCCGAUAUCUCUCGCUUCGAACCGGUUAUGAGUUGCUCAGACACUGUUAAUGAUGCUGCCAUAGAGUCUGCUGCUUCACUGUUUGUCCCAAAUAUUCGUUCUGGUAGCUAUGCUGAAAUUGGGCCACGCGAUUCAAUGGAUGAUGAACACAUUAGAAUAGAUGAUCUAUCUGCCCAAAUGGAUUCCUUCUUCAAGUUCCCUGUGCCAAGUGCUUUUUAUGCUGUAUUCGAUGGUCAUGGAGGGCCUGAAGCUGCUGCAUAUAUCAAGAGACACGCAAUGAGAUUAUUCUUUGAAGAUGCUGAUUUGCCACAAACAUCUGAGAUUAAUGCUGUCUUCUUAAAAGAGCUGGAGGAUUCUCAUCGGAAGGCAUUUAAACAAGCUGACCUUGCCUUGGCUGAUGAACGCAGCAGUGUAAGCAGUUCCUGUGGAACAACAGCACUGACUGCCCUUAUACUUGGAAGGCAUUUACUGGUUGCAAAUGCUGGUGACUGUCGAGCAGUACUCUGCAGGAAAGGAGUAGCAGUUGCGAUGUCUCAAGAUCAUAAGCCUACUUAUUUACCAGAACGAAAGAGAGUUGAGGGGUUAGGUGGUUACGUUGAAGAUAUAUAUCUCAAUGGUUAUCUCAGUGUCACUCGAGCCCUUGGAGAUUGGGACUUCAAAUCCCCACUUGGCCCCGCAUCGCCUCUCAUUGCUGAGCCAGAUGUUCAACAGGUUGCGUUGUCCGAGGAUGAUGAAUUUUUGAUCAUUGGCUGUGAUGGUCUCUGGGAUGUGGUAAAUAGCCAGAGUGCAGUCAGUCUUGUCCGCCGAGCUCUGAGGAGGCAUGGUGAUCCACAGGAGUGUGCCAGAGAACUAGUCAUGGAAGCAUUACGCCUAUAUUCUUCUGAUAACAUCACCGUGAUUGUUAUCUGCUUAUCUGCCCAAAAAUUUGAUCGUGCUGUUGAGACGUGUCCUCGGCCACGAAGGUGGAGGCCCCCUAGUCUGUCUGAGGAGUCCCGGAAUAGAUUGAGGAACUUGCUAGAAGGCAACUGAGUGUUGAAAAAAAAGAAAAUGAAAAAAAAAAAAAAGAAGAAGCAGAAACAGUUAAGUUACUGAGAAAGGAUUAUAGGCUGUUAUCAGAUAAGUUUAGAUUAGCGGCCAGCAGUUUUGUAGUGCUUAGAAGAGACUUUAGGUUAUUAAUCAGCCUUUCCAAUUGGAAGGUGUGUUUCUUAUUGUGUAACGGUAACAUGAACCUGAGCUUAAUUGUGUUGAAUGAAUGUACUGGGUUCACUGAGUUAGCCCAACCAUAUUUGUUAAAAUGAUUUGUAUUGGGCCAACCAUAUUUGUACCAUGCUUCUUGUUAAAUCAUAUUCGUUUCAUACAGUUCGUUAA